UUAAUAAACCCAACUAAGAGGACGUCAACUAAGCGGUCGUGCCUAUCUGGUAUUGAGUCAUGGUUGGGAGCAGUUAAAUGGCACAAUCGGAGAGCAAGUAGACACUUUUAUUUUGUAGAGCCAAACAGGAAACAGCAGUCGUUGUUGUGUGGAGUCUGACGCAUGCGUGCCAACACGCACUGUAGGCUGGCCAAGCAACAUGGCGGCAACUUGACAGCGGGAUGAAGAGGCUCAGCCAGGGCUUGAAAAAGCAGAGAGCGGCGCCUUUCGCCAACAGCGAGCCCACACGGCGUCACCAUGUCGGAAGGGGACAGCGGCCAUAGCCGAGCACGACCGAGGCGUCGGUGAGCGUUCGGCUAAGAAGCGCUUGGGAGGCCGCGCCGAGGAGAGGAGAGAAGCGGGGCGGAAGGAGGAAGGAGGCAGCGGCCAUGGAGGAUGCGGCCCGGCCUUCCCAGCCUUGUCAUCCGGGCGGACAUUAAGGCAGGCCGGGAGCAGCCCGGGUGUCCAUGAGUGCUGCGGCACAGGCGCCGGCACGGUGGAGUCGGCCGGGUCCGGGCCCCGAAAUAUGAGCAGCGGUGCUGGGACGUGUCGGCAGCAAGACGACGACGACGGCCUCCGCAUCUGGCUAGAAGCUCUCCGGGAGAACCAGAAGCCUUUCACCGACUCUGAGAGGGCGCAGAGAUGGCGCCUGUCCUUGGCCUCCCUGCUCUUCCUCACCGUGCUGCUCUCCCAUCACCUGUGGUUCUGCGCCGAGGCCAAGCUGGCCCGCAGCCGCGAUAAGUCCAGCCUCUCCCCGCACACACGCCUCGCAGACGCCCUUUUUAUAGAAAACUCCAGCCGACAUUUGUGGCUGCUGGAAAGUUGCCAGGCGGACACCUGCUUGACUUCCGCCGACGCCGACCACUUGUGCAGGCUCCUGUCCGACAAAGAGAGCCCGCCGGCGGUCAACAUGAGCCAGUUGUACCUCUCCUUUUGUAACUCCUACUCGCUGCUGGACUUGUUCUACGGCUCCACCAGUCCCGACAACCUCAACUGCAGCCUGGACGUGCUGGCCGACGGCGACACCAGCCGAUGCAGUCUGUGCGUGCAGGCCUACCAGCGCUACGACCUGCACGCCCAGGAGAAGUACGACGACUUCGAGCUCCUCACCUGGAAGUACGAGCCGGCCUUGUAUUCGGUGCGGAGCUGCAUGAGCCAGUGCAAGACAGCGUACAAGCCCUGGCUGUGUGCUCAGUAUUUCCACACAAGCCAGCAAUCAUGUCGGAGAAAGGUGUCGUGCCAGCAGUACUGUCUGGAGGUCCAACAGAGCUGUCCAUUCAUCCUGCCCGACAACGAUGACUUAAUCCACGGUGGCACCCCCAGUUUCAUCUGUACAGGAUUGUUGAGAGAGAAUCCGCCAGAGAGCAAAGCUGUGUGCUGUGACGUGCGAUGGGACUCCAACAUGAAGGGCCCCUCAGGCGAGGCCCAAAAAAGGACUGCCUCCUCCUGCCUCCCCAAGGGGGCCUCGGUCACCUCCAUCGCCAGCCCGAGACUGUGGAGUGGGAGGCUGAAGAUCUGCCUUCUGGCGCUGGUCCUUCUGCACACUGUCAUUAUUAUAUCAGCCUCCCAUAAUUCCACCUUGGCGGGCGUCGCUCGAGAAGAGCACCUCCGAUGAAGAUUGAACAUCAUCCGGGUUGGAGAGGUUUCUAGUUUUUCACAAAUGUCAUACUGUGGCUAUGUGGGAUGUUGGCAUCGAGGAAUUGUCUGCUGCCAACACAACAUCCAGCACAGGAAUUGGUAGGGCUUGUUUGGAGUUUUUGGUGGACAGGACCACUCCUCUAAAGUACUGACCUGGUCCCGCUUAAACCCUGCUCAUUGUUUCUAUUCCAUUCAUACUUUUUGGAGAAUAUCAUCUCUCCUCCCUAUAUUUGCUCUCCUUUUGUCUACUUCCCUCUAUUGUGGGUCUAGAUUACACUUCAAAUUGGACAUUGAUCAAGUCUUUAUUUUCAGCUUCCCUGCCAAGUCUUUUUGACUUGCUGCAUCCACAGUACUUCUCCUCCUCCCUGCUACCUUGCAGGGAUGCACCCAUUAUUCCUCUGGGUCAAACUGCGCCUGAUUCUUGCAAUUGUAAGAUUCAGCUCAUAGAUGUUUCUCCCCCCCCCCCCCAAGCCCUUUGAUUAGACAUGUUUGGGCCUCAAGUGCAAACAUAAGGUUGCAGGUGUCACGCAAUGUGCACUGCUCGUCUUAAAUUGACCUCACCAUGUGUCGCUGCAUGAAGCCAAAACUGCAGGGGGUCUCACUUAUCAACUCCACUUCUUCUUUAUUAUGCUUAUUUUUAUACAACCAAAAAGGCAAAGUCACACACACAAUUAACUCUAUGUCUAUUUUUGCUACACACAUUUCUCAGAACACGUGCGUUUCACCUUGUUAUUGGCUCCACCCCUUUUGCCUGAAGGGAUUGGGGCCACAUAUUUUGCUGUGUGGAUGUUCUUACAACAAAAACAUGAAUGAUACUUGUAGUCAGGCAUCAUGGGCUCUAUUUUGACAUUCACUUCAGUGAAAAAAGCUGCACAAAUGUGCUGAUUUUCCCCUUAGAUUUAAAUCUGUCACCACACCACUUCAUCCAAGAUGUGAAUCUGGGUAGCACAACCUUAAAUGUGGCCCUUCCAGUCCAAUAACUGAAGUGUGGCCCUUCCAGUCCAAUAACUGAAAUGUGGGCCCCUCAGUCCAAUAACUGAAAUGUGGCCCUUCCAGUCCAAUAACUGAAAUGUGGGCCCCUCAGUCCAAUAACUGAAAUGUGGCCCUUCCAGUCCAAUAACUGAAGUGUGGCCCUUCCAGUCCAAUA